AUGGGAUCUGGUAGUUCUGUAAAUGCCAACUACAAGUACUCCCUGCAGAAGUCUGAAAAUGCUUUCAAGGCAGCCGUCUUGAUCCAACAGUGGUAUCGGCGCUAUGUUGCCCGGCUGGAAAUGCGCCGACGUUGCACCUGGAGAAUUUUUCAAUCCAUCGAGUAUGCUUGCGAGCAGGAUCAGAUCAAGCUUCACAACUUCUUCAGUUAUCUCAUGGACCACUUCACGCCAAGCAGCAGCAAAGAGAGGGACUUUAUCAGUCGCAUGUUCAUAAGUGGGGAAAGCUUCAAAGAGGCUGAGCUGGAAAAAUACUGUGACUACGAAUCCCUGGAGGUGCCAGACUCCUACACUGGUCCCCGUCUCUCUUUCCCGCUCCUUCCUGACCAUGCGACUGCCUUGCUGGAAGCUUUCAAACAGAAACAACAGCUCCACGCUCGCUAUGUCUUAAACCUUCUGCAUGAGACCAGGAAGCACCUCAAGCAGUUGCCAAACAUCAGUCACGUCUCCACCUGCUAUAGCGAGGAGGUCACCGUAUGCGGAGACUUGCACGGCCAGCUGGAUGACUUGUUCCUCAUAUUUUAUAAGAACGGCCUUCCUUCCCCUUCCAAGUCCUACGUGUUCAAUGGGGACUUUGUAGACAGAGGCAAACAGUCCCUCGAGAUCCUCAUCAUCCUCUUUACCUUCCUUUUGAUCUACCCGAAGGAGGUUCAUCUCAACCGUGGGAACCACGAGGACCACAUGGUCAACUUACGCUACGGUUUUGCAAAGGAAGUAAUGCAGAAAUAUAAGGUGCACGGGAAGAAAAUCUUGAAGAUGGUUCAGAAUGUUUUCUGCUGGCUCCCCCUGGCCACCCUGAUUGAUCAGAAAGUCCUCAUUAUACAUGGGGGCAUCUCUGACACCACUGACCUGGACAUGCUUGAGAAAAUUCAAAGGAACAAACCCCGGCCGACCCAGGCUCCCAGCAUGGCCAACAGGCUGGAGUUCUCCAAGUGGGUCCGGCAGACAGUGCAGGAGCAAAUCGAGUGGUGCCGCCGGCUGGUGGACAUCAGCGAGUCGGAGGAUGAGGAGCUAACCUAUUCCAGUGUGGUGUCCUUGACGGAUUUGGAUGGGCCGUGCUGGACUCGCCAGGAGGAGUGGAAACAGAUUUUAGACAUUCUCUGGAGUGACCCCAUGCCUCAGGAGGGCUGCAGAGUAAAUACGGUGCGAGGUGGUGGCUGCUACUUUGGGCCUGAUGUGACAGAGAAGAUCCUUGAGAAGUACAACUUGCAGUUCCUCAUCCGCUCCCACGAGUGCAAGCAAGAGGGCUACGAGUUCUGUCACAACCGGAAGGUGCUGACGAUAUUUUCAGCCUCAAACUACUAUGAGAUUGGCAGCAACAGGGGAGCCUACGUGAAGCUGGGACCGGACCUUGUCCCCCAUUUUGUUCAGUACCAAGCAAACAAGACGGCCCAUACUCUCACAAUGACCCAAAGAAUCAGCAGAGUAGAGGAGUCAGCCUUUCGAGCCUUGCGGGAAAAGCUCUUUGCUCACACCUCAGCCCUCAUCAGUGCGUUCAAGGCCUACGAUAAGGACAAUACAGGAAGGAUCACGCUGAGCAACUGGGCAACGGCAGUGGAGUCAGUUUUGCACCUGGGAUUGCCCUGGCGAAUGCUGAGACCGCAGCUGGUGCGCAACACUGCGAAUGGCAUGCUGGAGUACAAGUCCUGGCUCGGUGACUUGGCCAUGGAGCAGCGGAGCCAAGAGCACAUCCAGUCGAGCUUGCUGGAAGUCAUUUAUCGAAACAGAUCCAACUUGGAGACCAUAUUCAGGAUCAUCGACAGAGAUCAUUCAGGUCUCAUCUCAUUUGAGGAAUUCCACCAAACCUGGAAGCUGUUCAGCUCCCACAUGAACAUUGAAGUCACGGAUGAUGGCAUCAAUGACUUGGUUCGCAGCAUUGAUUUCAAUAAGGAUGGAAACAUCGACUUCAACGAGUUCCUAGAAGCCUUCCGCCUCGUUAAACAGGCAUAGUAGCGAGAAGCUGGUGAGGGUUGCCAUGUCCAAUGCCUUGACUGUCUGCGAGGCCGGGGGACCGCUUCCUACCUAACCGCAGAGCGUGCCUGUAGAUGCGAAGCAGGGAAAGGGAAGGCAGGUAC